UGGAAUGUCAACUUCUAAACUUGGAUUUUAUGUGUUUUAUGCAAAUGACUGAAUUUUAAUUUCAAUCCACUGCUCAAAGACAGACCACUGGAGAUGAAAACAAGCAGCAAACCUUUGCAAUAAAAGCUGCAUCGCUUCAUAUUUUUAAUAAGUGUCUUUACAUAAAAAGUACAAUUUAUUAUUGAUGCAUCCACAGAAGACGGCAGUUUUCUCUUAUGACCAGGAAAUCAACAAGCUCGUUUUUGUUUAAUUAAAAAAAAAUUUAAACCUGUACAACUUCACAAUUUAUUCAGCCACCCAGACAUGGAGCAACGACGGAGCCGCUGCUCAUCAGGUGGGCACGAACUGAGGGGUCAGACGUUAGGUUUUGGCUUCCAGCCUCCAGCAGCUGCAGCCAGCUCCAUAAUAACUGCAGUUCAGCAGCAGGAUUAUUCAGCCAGUGUUUGGCUCCGCAGGAGGGAGAAACUGGAACAUUCUCAGCAGAAGUGCAUUGUGAUCUUUGCCUUGGUGUGCUGCUUUGCUGUGCUGGUGGCGCUGAUUUUCUCAGCAGUGGAUAUCUGGGGCGAGGAUGAGGAUGGAAUCACAGAGGAGAACUGCUCAAGGAACUGCAGUAUAGUACUUGUGGAGAACAUUCCAGAAGAUAUUUCCUUCUUAGACGACAGCACACCCCGCCUACCUCUCUCAGUGGGACUGAACAAUUUACUGGACAAAGCUGAGCGGGUCGUAGAGAUUGUUUCGCCACAGUGGUUCCUCAAUUCCUCCGGAUAUGAAUCCAGCUUCCAGCCUGGUGCCAGACAGGGAGGGGCUCUGCUGUCCAGGCUGAAGGGGCUGAAAGCAAAAGGAAUCCAGCUGAAAAUCUCCAGCGGGGACAUCAACUCAACUGAGCUGGACGCCCUCACAGAUCACUAUGCUGAGGUUCACAAGGUGAACACGGCAGCACUGAUCAAAGGCAACAUCAGCUCGUCCUUCUGGGUGGUCGACCGGAAACAUUUCUACAUCGGCAGCGCCAGCAUGGACUGGAGAUCUCUGGCCACAAGGAAGGAGCUUGGUGUGUUGGUGUACAACUGCACAUGUCUGGCUUUGGACCUGCACAGAGUGUUCAGCCUCUAUUGGGGACUCCAGUAUAAAGACUUCAUCCCCAACUUCUGGUCCAAGCGACUCUUUCCUUAUUUCAACAGAGACAAACCAGCAAACGUUGCAUUCAACAGCGCAGAAGCUGAAGCUUACAUCUCUAGCUCACCAGAUGUUUUGAACCCUAAAGACCGUAGCAGUGAUCUAGAAGCCAUUUCCGGGGUCAUCCAGCAGGCCCGCCAUUUCAUAUACAUUUCCGUCAUCGAUUACCUGCCCCUGGUGAAGAGCAAAGCGCUGAGCGGCGCGUGGAGAUACUGGUCUCGUAUCGACGACCUCAUAAGAGAGGCUCUGAUCUUGAGGAAAGUGCGAGUCCGUCUGCUGAUAAGCUGCUGGGAAAAAACGGAUCCACUUAUUUUCAACUUCGUCUGGUCCCUGAAGAGUCUGUGUAUGGAGCAGGCCAACUGCUCCCUGGAAGCUAAGUUCUUCAGCCUCAGACAACAGAGGGAUGGCAGUCUGAGCGGAAUGAACCACAACACCUUCAUGGUUACUGACAGAGCCAUUUAUUUAGGCAACCUCAACUGGACGGGGAGCGAGUUCACGUACAACACGGGCGCAGGCCUCGUGAUCAGCCACCCGGAGAACGUCACGGGGCAGAGCUACACGGUGGUGGAGCAGUUACGGACCAUUUUCGAGCGGGACUGGUUUUCACCUUACGCCCGCCCGCUUCAGACUAACCAAAACUCCGUUUGCAGCACGCACCAAGUGGCCAAACUGGUGCCGGACAAAGCCAGCCACGGUGGACCGGUGCCUGUCAGAGCAGGUCUGUUUGGAACUGGAUCUGCACCUCUGAGGAAAGCCCUCAACAACGAUGGACUCACAUUAAAACCCCACCGUGAUGACAGAUUAAUAAAAAUCAGUCACCAAAACAUUGCCAAUGAACAGGCACCAAUUGUGGACAGUCCCAAAGAGAUGACAGGAAUCCAAAUGACUCACCUCGAUGACAGACAGACACAGAAAAUCGAUAACAAUCGUGACGUCUCACUGGAUCCAACCGGUCAGUCAGCUGAGAGCAGCGGCUUCAGGGAGGUGUCCAACAUCUCUCUGUGACUUUCACUGGAAAACUCUUUGCUCUCUUCAAGCGUCGGCGAGUUCUACCACUGGAUCUUAGUAGCAUUUUUAUUUUCUAGUAAAUCAAAAACUUUGAAGGUUUAAUCAAACCUGGUUUGCAGAUCUUCAAACAUCAAAGAUCAUGGGAGAGAAAGGAUCUCUUCACUGCAGCUGGUUUAUUUUCAUUUGAAUGGAUCAAUGAUGUGUGUACAAAAGGAACUUGCUACUUGUUUAUUUUAGUUUUGUUUACAUUGAGAUUUCUCAAUUAAAGAGGUAUUUCACUUUGUACUAACUGCCUGAAGAUUGUAUGUAAGGUGCAUUUGGCAGUAAUAACUUAUCACCCUUUAAAAGGGAGAAUAACGCCUGCAUGCCUAUGCAGAGACAGGAAGCAGAACAGUUUGUGCUGUGACACUAGCAUUUAAGUAACUCCUCUGGUAAUUUUUGUGACUUUUUAAUAGUUUCCUCCUUAUGUAAACAAGUAGCUUUUUUACCAAAUAGACAUGUGUAACCACAAACUAAAAAAAAAUGGAUUAAAAAAUACAAAACAAAACCUCACAUUUCUAAACCAGUCAAACUCGAGGUUAAAUAGAAGAAAUUUUAUUUCAUGAUUAAGAAAAGGAUUCAAGGAUUGACAGACGGGAGAUAUGUUUGAACAAUCGAAAUAGGCCCGUUGCAUUGACGCCAUCAAAACCACGGAGAACUUGAAGAUACACACCUUUUGGUGGAUAUAUUUCCUAAUGAAAGUUUGAAGGUUGCUUUUAGCCUUUUAAUGGACACACUCUCCUGAAUAUGGUGAAAGUUGACCCAAAGCUGAGAAACUGGAGCUCUAAAGACACUUAUCGAAUCAAUAACCAUCUCGCUCCAACCUCAAACACAGGGCGCAGCUGCAAAAUCCAAGAAAUCAAGCUUUUUCACAAGCACAUGAUGUUACGCAUGAAAAGUUGGGUUUUUUUAAUAAAUAGUUACUGAAUUUAUUGUGUAUAUUACCAAACAGUAUUCCUUUUGUGUUGCUACUCCUGAAAAACCACUACUUUGAGUUGCAGGGAUUUACAGUACAGCAUUUCUUUCCUUGGACCAAGACAAGGUAUUGAUCUGAAGGGCUCAUAACAAAUAUUAAAUGCUGUCUUUUUUGCAUAAAUCUACUGAAAAGAACAGAAUCUGUAGCAUCUUUCCAGACACAGUGUUGUAACUAACGGAGCAACUUGCUGUUAACAAAGGGGUCAAUGGGUCUCUGCUGUCUGCACAAUCAAUACAAUAAAUUUUUAACAAAGCUGACAGUUGAAGUUGCUGCAGUUUUAAAGCUCAAGGACACGACGGCCUGUAAAGUCACGCCUGAAUCUACUCUGCAUUCCCUUUACUUUACCUGAACGUUUACUGUGGCUUGUUCGCAAAGACAAAUGAUUCAACACUUUUAAUGAACGCUUGUAGCAAAUACUCACGUUGCAUUUUGAAUGUCGGCAUGUUGUCCGUGUUUACACAACUUUAAACAACCAUGCCUGCCAGGGUUUAUGAUUGUGUCGAAAGGAAUUGUAAUCCCUUUACUUUCCUGAGCCAUGAAACAAGAACAAACCGUUAACGUCAUGGGAUCUUUAUGCAUGUUGUUUUGGUCAGAGGAUAGCAGGGUGAAAGAUUCCUGUUAAUUGAAGGAAGAAUGCACAAAAAAUAGCUAUAAAUGAUUAUUUAUAUUACAUAAUUUAUCUUUGAGCCACUUGGGGUUUAAUAAAUUGUGAUGGAUCAUGUUUUGCAUGGCAUUUCUGGACUAAACAAGUAAAAAGUCAGUAGUUUAAUCAAGUUUGCAGUUAUAACGCUUUUGUGAGAAAUUAAGCAAAAACUUUUGUAAACUCUUAAAUGCAACAACAGAUUACACAUUUGAUGCCAAAUCCUUAAAUCAGUGGAAUAUUGAACACUUGUGUGCCAAAAAAACAUGACUGACUAUUGUUUUAUUACAUGAAUAACUUCUGCCAUCUAGUGGAUGAGGGUGUUAUUUAAAAACUACUCCAUAUGUCUUUUAAUCAAGCACGUGUUUAAGGAUGUUUUACAUGAUUUAGAAAAGCUGGUAAACCAUUGUAUGUAUAUUUUAUGUAUUUUUCUUCGAUUAAUUUUUCAGCAAUUAUCCUUCUCAUGAACAAACAGUACAGCAAAAAUCUGUACCAAACACCGGAUGUCAGAUUUUACAAAAGCAAGAAAAAUAUGUAACUUAAAACCAGUAACCUUGAAAGUCUAACAUGUAUUUGUUUUUUUAAAGCAUAACCUUGUGACACUGUCCUUUUGGUUCUUACAUAUUGUUCAAAUUGCUGCUAUUAUCAACUGAUUGUCCCAUGUGUGGAAGAAAUGCUGCUAAUAUAUUCUACCCACGUUUUUGUGUAAAAUAUUACUUGUGUACAUGUUGCUUGAACCACCUUGAUCUUGAAAAACAGUGACUGUUUUGCCAGAAUUAUAUGCCUUAUGCAUGAUGCCGAAGAUGAUAUUUGCUCUGAAAACACAUACAUGUGACAGUUCGAAAUGGUCUGCAAGCAGUAAAAUGAAAAAUUUCACAGAAAUUUAAGAAAAGGCAUGUUUCUGCAUCUCCUUUUUGUACAGGAUGCAUUUUGUUGUCAUUCUUUACAGUAACACUGAAGAAAUCUUAGGACUUUUCAGUGGAAAACUCUUUACAAGAUGCUGUUCUUUACAAACCAGGAAAGCAAAAAUGUAUUUGAGGAGCUGCAAUGUUAAGCAGAAUGAACCUGAGUAAUUUAUGUCACUGUUAAAGGUUUCUAAUGUCGCCUACCUUUAUUCUGUUUAAACGUUUUGGCAUGCCUGCUGCUUGCAUGCCCUGCCUUUAUAAACUCUGCACAGUAGCUCUGAGCCUUUCUGCAACUUAAGCUAAUGGGGAAAUCCUAUAUACCUUUAAAGAUACAAUGGAAUGUAUAUUUAUUAAAUAUCUUGCACACUACUGAUGAAAUGAUUACUUAAUUUUUACUCUUAAUAAUAAAAAAACAAGUAUCUCAU